AUGCUUUGUGGCCUCUGUACUUUAAUUUCUAAUUGGGCAGUUCUCCAACACGAAGUACCAUGCGUCGGCCCUUCAGUCCUCGUCUCACAUCUGCAAAUGAUCUUGACUGUGGAAGCAAGCUUAAUCUUUUUCGCGGCCAUCUCCAUUUCUCAACCAUCGGACCCACUUGACAUCGGGGGCGUCGACUCCGUGGCCUAUCUCUCUGAUGUCUGUCAUGACGGGGCCUCAGACUUUGUGGCCCUCCACGGCGACCCAGGCGCUGGUCGUUGCGUUGAGCAAGCAGCGCCACUUGCGCACGGGUCCUAACCAUUGUGCUCCAGUAAGAGGGUGAUUCUCCGUAUUGAAAGGUCUUAUCUGCCUUAGAAUCUUUGACAAAUGAGCAGCAGGAUUUUGAGCUCAAGGAGGGCAUGUCAUUUCCAUUAUGUCAUCAUAGGCUCCCAUCCCAUUUUUAUUAUGACAUCACAGGCUCCCAUCCCACUUUCAUUAUAUAAUGUCACUGAAAUGUCUAAUAGGGUUUAUUUUAGGGCUACAUGUGCAUUUUAGAGACAGUAUUAAUAUGCUCUAUACCUCCAAUUAGUAAUUUGACAAUAUAGGCGUUAGGCCUACUUGACAACCAACACCCUUAAAGAGACUUAUUCAUUCCAUCCUCUUUCUUUGAAAGCAAAUGAUUUCAAAGUCCUGACCUGAACUUUGACAACAUCACAUCAUUCACUUCACCCCAGUUUAUAAAUUGGCGUAUUCUUCCUGUAGGAGGCGCCUUCGAUGAAAACCAAGAAUAAAUUCGUGCUUUUAUGGGGAGUUUCACACUGUCCUGGGGUUUGCUGUCGCAGUUGGUGCUAUUUCAUUUCAUGUUGACAAGGACUUAUCCCCCAACAUGAAGCAUAUUUUCUUAUUCAUUUGCAUCCGUUUGUUCGCUGGUUGUGCUGCGGAUGUUAUAAGAACAAGAAAAGUGUCUGCAGUUUUCUGUUCUUUCAAAGACAAAACAUACAGUCCAGGAGACAGCUGGCAUCCUUAUCUGGAACCCUUUGGAUUCAUGUUUUGUAUGCGGUGUUCCUGCACUGAGACAGGCCAUGUGAAAUGUAACACAAUUAAGUGUCCUACUCUGCGGUGUGAGAACCCAGUGACUGACUCUCAGCAGUGCUGCCCUCACUGUACAGAUGAGCCUAGGAUUCCAGCAGGCUUGAGAGCCCCAGUGAAGUCCUGCCGGUAUAAUGGAACUUUCUACCAACCAGGGGAGACCUUUACCAACCAUGACCUCUUCCCAUCUCGACAAACCAACCAGUGUGUCAUGUGCACAUGUUCGAAUGGAAAUAUCUUCUGUGCUCUGAAAACUUGCCAGCCGCUGACCUGCUCCUCACCAGUCUCAUUCCCAGAUACCUGCUGUCUGGUGUGCAAAGAUGGUGGCAUUAAUGGAUACUCAUCAGUGGAGGAUGUAGGCCAACAGCUGAACCGAGGCGUUAGGCAUUCAGUGGACCAGUGUGCUGGAGAGCUGCUCCGAGGGCGGUCUGUCGGUUCUACUCCAUCCACAGUCAGGGGUACUCCCAGAGGCCUGAGCCUGCCCAAACUCCACUUCAAAGGUGCUGCAGAGACCACAGUGAAUUUCCUGCUGCAGAAAAAGCACCAGAAGGCAUGUCAGUACAGCGGCAACACAUACUCUCAUGGUGAUGUGUGGCACCCAGUCCUGGGGAAGGUCCUGGAGUGCAUCCUAUGCACCUGUAAGGAUGGCAUGCAGGACUGCAAACGCCUCACAUGUCCUAGCCAGUAUCCAUGCCAACAUCCCGUUAAAACCGAGGGGAAGUGCUGCAAGAUUUGUCCAGAACUUAAUGCUGAGAGCAACAGGACUGACUGUUACAUGAACAUGAAUCUUGGACAUGACAAUAACAACCUCUUGGUGUACAAAGUUAAGCCAUCAUCAAAGGUUCACACAGAGGACACAGUUAGGAUAAUUGCUAUUGAAAGACAAGGGACUGCUGAAGUUGAAGUGCAAGUAUGGAAGACAGUAGGAGGAGUUUUACAGUUAAUGGAAACUGGGGAUGUUCUGAAGAAAGACCUUAUAGAUAAUCCAGAUAACUACACUUUACUGGCAACAUUGGAUGAAGAGACUUGGAAAAGAUUCAAGGAGGAAGAAGACAAUCAUAAGGAAUUUCCCAAUCCCAGGACCUGUGAGGAUGGGAUCCGGGAGGUAGUGAAGUUCUUGUACCCAGACCAGCUGGAAAGCCUGUGCUCAUCUUAACUCUCAUCGCUUGACUUUGAAGUUACAUAUUUACUAUGGCGGACAUCAAUGGAAAAUGCACAGCAUUCAUAUGCAUCUCAUUAAACAUGAAACAUAGCACUGCUUAUUGGUUAUAGAAUAACAAGCUUUUGUUUAUUUUGAAAUGGCAUCAUAACUCAUAACAAUGUGAUGUUCCAUAUUCUCAGUAACAAUUAGUCAGCAGAAUUGUCAACAUUGUUGAUAGCAUUUUGUAGUAGAAGAAACCAAAAUGGAAAAAAAUACUUUAAAUGAAUUACAGUUGUAUCUCAUUUUUGUUUUCUGGCAUACAGGAAUACAUUAAAAACGGUAUUAUCUAAAAAAUACAGGUGUACAUGUAUACUACCGUUCAAAAGUUUGGGGUCACUUAGAAAUGUCCUUGUUUUUAUUUUUAUUUUUAU